AUGAUUACUCAACGUUCAAAUUUUGUUUUCUUAUUUUGUUUUUUGUAUUUAUUAAAUAAUUAUUUAAUUGCACAAAAAAUUUCACGUUCUUCAUCUGAUUUACCACGCUUAUGUGCGUAUUAUCGUGACCCAUCACAGUAUUAUCCAUGUGUACUAAAUUAUAUUGGUCUUAAUAGUUGGGCUCUGUAUCGAUGUCCAGAUCAAUCAACAUUUGAUGAAACAUCACAACAAUGUUUAGUUAAAAUUCCUAUAAACGAUGCAUUUGAACAACUUGCUUUAUUAUCAUCAACUGAUAAUGCACAAUUUCACCGUGUAGCUAGUUUUAUUUUAGCUACACCACCACAAACAAAUGAAAAUGAUGAUUUACAAGAACAACAACAGCAAACAAGACUUGUUUCAUUACCACCAACAAUUGAUAAAUUAAUGGAAUCAUUGUCAAUGAAAAAACUUUUACAUAAACGAGCUGAACGUGAUACAUCGGAACAAUUAUCAGGUAUAAUAUGGUCUCAUGGUUAUCCACUUAUGAAAUUAGACAAUAAACCAAUUCUUGAAAAAGAUUCAUCGAUAAAACCAAAAUCAAGUCAUUCUUCUGUUGUAGUUCGCCAUCUUAUUCCUGUUAACGAAGACGAACUUAAAUAUAAGAAAAUUUGUUAUUUUACAAAUUGGGCUCAAUAUCGAACUGCUCCAGCAAAAUUUGAACCUGAACAUAUUGAUCCAUUUCUUUGUACACACGUUAUAUACGCAUUUGCUGGUAUUGAUAAUCGAACAUUAUUAAUAAGAAAAAUAGAAGAUAAUGAUGAAGAUCUUUAUAAGCGUGUAAAUGCACUGAAAAUACGAAAUCCUAAAUUAAAAACGUUACUUGCUGUUGGUGGUUGGAAUAUGAAAUCUUAUGCAUUUUCAACAAUGGUACAUGAUAGUGAAAAACGACGAAAAUUUGUUUUUGAUGCUAUUAACUUUCUUCGUAAGCAUAAAUUUGAUGGUUUAGAAGUCGAUUGGGAAUAUCCAGGUGUACGUGGUGGACAAUCUGAUGAUAAAUAUUAUGUAACAUUAUUUUUCGAAGAAUUCCAAGACGCAGCUAUGGCUCAAGCUAUAAUAACAGGCCAACCACGAUUACUAUUAGGAGCAACAGUAGCUGCUGAGGAAGAUAUUGUUGCAAACGGUUAUGAAAUAGAGAAAAUAACAAAAGUUUUAGAUUUUCUAAAUAUUAUGACCUAUGACUUUCAUGGUGCAUGGCAAAAUUAUACAGGACUUAAUGCACCAUUAUAUAGACGUUUUGAUGAACUUGAUGCAGAUGCAAUGCUUAAUCAAGAUUUUGGUGUUGCUAUAUGGUUAAAAAAUGGUGCACCUGCUUAUAAACUUGUUCUUGGUGUUCCAUUAUUUGCGCGAAGUUUCUUAUUAGCACGACCUGAUCAAAAUGAACUUCAUUCACCAACAAUUGGAAAUGGUACUAGCGGUCCAUUUACACGUAGUGCUGGUUUUCUUUCAUAUUUUGAAAUUUGUUUGUUACAAAUGGAUUCUAAUUGGCAAAAACGUACUGUACCAGAUGGUUCCGAAUCUGAAUAUAUGUUUAAAGAUCGUGAAUGGAUAUCAUAUGAAACAUUGGAUAAUAUUCGAAAACGAGCUGCUUAUGUUGUUGCUAAUAAUUUAGGAGGAAUGUUUGUUUGGUCUCUUGAUAUGGAUGAUUUUAAUGGAGCAUUCUGUAAUAAUGGUACAUAUCCAUUUAUAAAAAAUUCGUUAGCACUUUUACCAACAAAUAUGCCAUCGUAUAUUUAA